AUGCUGGUGAUGAUUACCCUGGCGCUAUAUAAGGGAUACAACGCGCUCUACACACCCUUACCUUCGCCGAGAUCAUCAGCCAUGAAAGUUGUCGAUGGGGAACUCGUUCUUAGACUGAGAUGCGUCGUCACCUUUGCAUCAUCUGCACAGAAGCUCCAUCGUCAUCGACAGUGCAGUGUCCUGCCGCAGAAUCAACACGUCGAGAAGGACAGAAAGCUCGUGCUCAAUGACUUUAUCAUUAUAAAUCUGGAGAAUAAAGGCAGUGGAUCUGCUUUCGUUACACCAUGGAUAGUUCCAGUUGUUUCUGGUGCUUUCCCAAAGGGCAUCAGCAUUGCCCUUGCUCUGAAUAGCAUGCUACGAUUCGUCCUUCAAGGAUACCUCUCAAGCCCCUCGUUCGGCUUCCUGUCAUUCCUUGCCUUCGUCUCCUUGCUGUCCGCCCAGCAUUUGUCACUUCAUUCGUUCGCAGAAAAGCAGCCAUAG